AUGGCUCAACACGGAAUCAGCGCUUCUACCUUGACUGUUCCUGUACAGAAUGUUCUCCGCCUCACAAGUGGCCAAUCGGGCUCGGCUCAGCAACAGGAAGAGACUCCGUGUCAAGCAAUCUCUCAUGGGGAUGAACUGCCUGGUAUUCCUAGGUUCCCUACCUUUCGAGAUCACCGUCGACACAUUCUUGUCCAUAUGGCGGCAACCUUUAGACAUUGGGCCCGUCACAACUACACUGAAGGGCAGUCGGGUCAUAUCUCAAUUCGCGACCCUGAGUACCCGGGACUCAUGUGGAUGAACCCCCUCAGCCGUCAUUUCGGCAGCCUCCGUGCUGGCGACAUGAUCUGUCUUGACAUAGAGACUGGUCGGGUUGUUGCUGGUAAGAAGAACCCUGCUACAGGUGGUAUCACGGUGAAUGCAGCAGGAUUUUGGAUUCACUCAGCCAUUCACAAAGCACGGCCCGACGCACACGCAGUUUGCCAUGCACACACCGUGGCCGGUCGCGCUUGGUCUGUGUUCGCCAAGCCGCUUGAGAUGCUCACCCAAGACGUGUGCAACUUCUACAAUGCUCACGCUGUUUACGAUGAAUAUGGUGGUAUUGUCUUUGCUGGUGAGGAAGGGCAGCGUAUUGCGGCGGCAUUAGGGACCGAUAAAAAAGCAGCAAUCCUGAUGAGUCACGGACUGUUGACAGUAGGAAGCACUGUUGAUGAGGCAGGCUUCUUAUUUGGAUUACUGGAUCGGUCAUGCGCUAUUCAAUUGCAUGCAGAAGCGGCAUCUGCUAAUGGACUCAAGAAGAGGAUUAUCAGUGAUGAGGAGGCUGGACAGAAUUUCAAGAUGGCGAGUGAAGCUAAUGUCCUGUAUAGAGAGGGACAGGCGGAUAUUGAGUACGAGAUUGAGGCGGUUGGCGGCGAAGAGGAGAUGGCAAAGGGUUUCGGGGAUCUCAAAAUGGGUAUCUAG